CUGCGACACUGAAGGAGAACUGGUGAAGCGCUGGUGUGUCUUGAUCAACUGAGUGACGCACAGGACGUGAACUGAGUGCUACUGGAGACACACUAGGAAAGACUGAGGAGAGAUGCGAGUAUUUACAUUCUGGGUGGCGACAGCCCAAGUCUGCCUGAGCGGCUCAACACUGGCACAGAGAAACUGGGCAUACUUCACGGCGCCGGGCUUAACAUUCAACACUUCCCAAGCCAACAACAUUUCAGUAGUUACAACCCCAGAUAAAUGUAAAUCUAAGUGCUUCACGGUGAGCAGCUGCAAGGCUUGGACAGCUCUGCAAACAACCAAUAAUGUUUGGCAGUGUCUUACUACCAGCGUUGGUCCCUCCCUAAACUUCCCUCUCACUUCCAACUCCAGUGCUGUUUACGGCUACUUCGAAGACUCUUUGGUGGGCAACGUAAAUGCAGUACAAAGGGAAGAUGGUCGUCACUACUUCAUACCAAGUAUACAGUUAUGUUACGCCGGUGCGAAAGCUUACUGUAAUAGUAUUCCAGGCUUCAGGCUUGCCAUAUUUAGAACUGCUCUACAAGUGAACAUCAGUAUGAUCUUGGCUUCUGCAAACCACACAGACAAAGUGAUCAUCGACCUUCUAAGUUACCAGACUUCUCCCCCUUCUCCCCCUAGCAAGUGUCCCUCAGGUCCCUAUCUUCCCCCUGGUCUCACAUCAAAUACUCUCAUCUGGGGAGAUGGGACAAUAAAUCCUUCAACCCUGACUCUACCUAUUGACAACCCAACGGAUAGCCAUGUUCUUGUACACAUAGAAGGCAAAAAGUACCACUUGGACAACGACGAUUUGAUGUACUUUCUUUGUCAGUACUGAUUACGAUAACAUUGGCAUCAGUAAGCAGUCUCGAAACAAGUGAACUAAUGUGACAGGAAUCAAGGGAAGCAGGUGCGUGAAUGCAUUUGUGUAUGUUCUCUCGUAUAUGUACCUACCUACAUGUAGUUGAAGGAGUUAAUCCUCAGCUCCUGGCUACUCUUCCUCGCAGGCCACUAUUGGGUUCACUCUCACCUCUGCUUAAAGCUGUAAGUGAAUUCUUCCUCUACCUAUCCUCUUUGUAGAUCGUUCCACUUCUUGACCACCACAGAACUGAAGAAAGGCUUCCCAACAUCCCUAUAACUUAUUUCUUCACGUUCUAGUCGUGCACUCAUGCUCCUGUCCAUAUUUUGCACUUUACAAAAUAUCCCCUAGACAUAUUUUUAUCUCUUAUGUAAUCAGGUUUAAUUCCUUUAAUUUCACCCAGAGCACAUAAGUCUUAGCUCCGGGACCUGUCUCGUUGUAAACCUGUGUAUUUUCUUAGGUUUUUAACAUGUUUAAUCAAGUGUGGAUUUCAUACGGGUGCUGCAUAUUUUCAAAUGGGACUGACAUAUACCAUAUAAAGUCCCAUGUAUGACUCCUUGCUUAGGUUCCUAAAAGAUGAUUUUAGAUCUGUCAGACGCAAUUUUGUUGUAGCACUUAUUCGGUUGAUAUGAACCUCAGGCGAUGUGCUCGGUACAAGGCUCACCUGCAAUCCUAUGUCGUUGAGAUAGGAUUGCAGCCUUUGUCAUCAGUUCUCUACUCUGCUUGUGGUCUUCUUUGCCCUUUAUGAAUUUUCGUAACUUUACACUUGGGGUUAAUAUCUGGUAGCCACUUCUCAGACCAGACCUGCCACUUGUCCAAGUCCAUUUGGAGUAUUUCCAGUCCUCGCAUGUUUGCUUUCUCCACAUUAGUUUUACGUAAUCUACAAACAAGGAAUACCUUUUAGUCUAUCGCUUCCGUCAUGUCAUUCACGUACACCAAAAAAUGGUACUGGCCCUAAUGCGAAUCCUUGUGGAACCCCACCCGUCACGUACGCCAUUCCGACACCUCUUCUUGAAAUCCUUCUUUCUUUCACCUCACGUUUUAAUUUUUCAUUGUAGUGCCUUCUCUCUCAUUCUUGCAUGUUCUACUAGAUUUUGUCCCAGUCUUGUGAGAUACUCUGCCAUGCCAUCUGUGGACUAUGGACUGAGUAAAUAAUUUCACCUGUAUACUACAUAAUACAAAACUAUUUUACAACCAGCUGUAACUUUUGGAUAAAAGCCAAUGUUUUAAUCAAAGACCGCAGGAAUGGAGAGAAUGUUCUUUUAUCAAGAAACCUGAACCAGCCAUUAUGUUUGUGAUUGCCCUGCAGAAGAAAUUAUAUUAACACGUCCUUUGCCUUUUUCGGAUUUGUGAAUUCAUCAUUCCUUAGCAUGGUAACUGAAUUACUUCUUUAUUGUGUAAAUGUGCAGCGUGUUAUACAAUAAAUUUCUGUCUUGAGGAGUGUAAUAUUUAUUUCCUUAAUAAAAGA